AUGAAGGACCAUCUAUUCCUAUCGUCUUGUGCCGUCUUCCUGGUUCUGUUCCUUCCAGAAACAAGCCUCGCCCAUGGACACUACAGCGACCAGCACUGGUACCAGCCUCGAGAGCAACACAUCCUCUACGCCGCUGAAGAUACAGAGCCCCUGACGUCGCUCGUCAUUGACACAUUCCAGAACCCAACCCACAAUGACCUCGGCUUUUGGCAUGGCGCCGGCGAGAACUUAAAUAUGCAUUACGAGCCGGGCUCCGUGCGCCUUUUCCCGACAGAUACGGAUCAGAACUUCCAUACUCAGUUCGAAACAAACGGGUGCUUCAGCUUACUGCCAUGGCAGCACCAGUUCCUGCACGUCGAGUUUGUGGGCACGGAUCAGUUCACUGUUUCCUUGAACGAGCACAACGUCGAUUGUAACCCGCGCCGUGCUCCGUUUCCCGGUGUGCCGGACAGUGUUCAAGCUUCGAGGUACGUGAUGAGAAGCGGAUACGGGCGCUCUGAUCACGAUGGGGGUGACCAUGAGGAUGGUGAUCAAUCUCCUGCUGCACCGCCGAAGACAGAGUUGUUUAUUCCGCUGUCUCAUUUCCGAAUCAAUCACAAUCGGGUUAUGUCUGUUUCCUUCACCGGCUUCUAUACCAAUGAGCCCAUCACGCUGCAUCGUGUUGAGAUCGUGUCGAAUAUCCCGCCGCCGAACGUCGAGAACGACUACUUCAGGGUACCCGAGAAGCUUCCCACCGGCGAGUUGAUUCUUCGUUGCUCUCGACCCAACUCCUUUGCAUUUGGUAUUGAUGACGGAUCGCCUCGCUUUGCACAAGAGGUGAUGAGAAUCCUUGAUGAGGAAAAUGUCCACGUUACGUUCUUUGCUGUGGGUGCUGGGCUUAGGGACACGACUACAAACCUCACUCAAUUCUACCGUGAGAUGCUGAAGAAGGGCCAUCAAGUUGCUCUUCAUUCUAAUACUCAUCCUAAAAUGGAAGCACUGCCGACGGUUGACGAGAUCGACGAUGAGAUUAUCCCAGCGCAAAGAACCCUCAAGGAGCGACUCGGCAUCGAGUCCUCCUACUUCAGACCGCCAUUUGGAACCGUGGGCGCGCGAAUGCGGCAGCAAAUCGCAAAGUAUAUCCCCAAUGCGUACAUUGUCAACUGGAGCGUGGACGUCGAAGACUGGCUCUGGGCCAACAGCCCGACCCCGGAGAAACAACUCGAAGCAUUCUACCGCGGCGUCGCACGGGGCGGCAACCUCGCGGUGAUGCAUUUCCUGAAUCCCACGACCGUCGGGUAUCUUCCCCAGUUCAUCCGGCACGUCAAAGAUGCCGGGUUCAAGAUCAUGCGCGUUGAUCAGUGCAUGGAAGACCCCAACAGCCCGCCGUUAUCAUAA